CAGUCAGGGUCCCACCCACAUCAUUGUUUUCCGCGCUCCCGAGCUGGGGUGUUUGCAAUACAGAGUAGAUAAACAGAAGAAAAAAUUUCUACGAAGCAGAUAACUAAAGCAAAAUCCCUACUCUCGAAUGCAAUUUCUGCAAAGAUUUUUGUCGAUUUUGGAUCUUUGAAGGAACUGGGUAGCCGCCCUUUGGAAAAAAAAAAAAAAAAAGAAAAGGAAAGAAAAAAGAAAAAAGACGGAGACCCACCUCAGUAGAAAUCUCACUAUUCUGUUACAAAUGCUUGAAGUCUGUCCGUUUUCAGUAUGCUUUUGUGAGUUUUGGACCUCGUCAAGAAGUGGUUAGGCGUUUUUAGAACCGCUGAUUAUGGGUCCAAUAAAGACAGUGAAUAUCGGAGUUCCGGUUUUGCCGAUAGACGGAGUUGUUCCUGCUAAGAAACUGAGUGAACAGAAAUUGGCUGAAAAUUUGAAUAUUGGGCGAAAGAAACGUGAUAGAAUUUAUAGGAGAAGCCAGAAUGGUAGAAGCCGCGUAGCUAAACUCAGUUUGGACAAUCGGGUUUUGGUUGAAAAUCAGAGGCGAGGACUUGAUCAUUCACAUAAGUGUUGCUCGGAGCGCCAAAAUGUGAAAGAGAAGAGGGAGCCCAAGUGUUCGACAAAAUGGGUCUCUUAUGGAGGCAGCAUUCCAUUGAUUUUACGAGCAUUAGAAACAGUAAAUGAUCUGAAUGAGGCUUUGAAACCUUGGGAGGAGAGCCUCAAUAACAAGGAAAGGAGCAUAAUUCUCAAGGAGCAGUCGAACUCGGAAAGGGCUCUUGAGAUUUUCGAAUGGUUUAAGAGAAAGGGUUGCUAUGAGCUGAAUGUGAUUCACUACAACAUCAUGCUUCGGAUUCUUGGGAAAUCGCAGAGAUGGGAUCAAGUCGAGAAUCUUUGGGAUGAAAUGGAGCAGAAGAGGAUCACGCCCACGAAUUCUACCUAUGGUACAUUGAUUGAUGUUUAUAGUAAAGGCGGGCUCAAGGAAGAAGCCCUUUGUUGGCUGGAUAAGAUGUAUAAGCAAGGGCUGCAACCUGAUGAGGUCACGAUGGGGAUCGUGGUUCAAACGUACAAGAAGGCAGGACAAUUUGAAAAGGCCGAGCAGUUCUUUAAAUCAUGGUCAUCAGGUAAAUUGACCCAAUAUGAUGGCAGAUUGAAUCCAACCGAUACUUUUCUACCUCAGAAGUGCCACAGCUCAUACACUUACAAUACAUUGAUCGACACAUAUGGGAAGGCGGGCCAGCUUAAAGAAGCGUCUGAUACAUUUGCUCGGAUGCUAAGGGAAGGGGUUGCACUGAACACAGUGACAUUCAAUACUAUGAUGCACAUAUGUGGAAACCAUGACCGGAUGGAUGAAGUAGCUGCCCUGAUGAUGAAGAUGGAAGAAGUGAAGUGCCCUCCUGACACAAGAACAUAUAACAUUCUUAUUUCUCUCCAUGCAAAGCACGAUAAUAUCAAUGAAGCAGCUAGCUAUUUUACAAAGAUGAAGGCGGAUGGCCUUGAACCAGAUGUCAUCGGUUAUCGUACCCUCCUAUAUGCAUUCUCAAUACGACACAUGGUCAAAGAAGCUGAAGUCCUUGUCUCGGAAAUGGAUGAUCGGGGCCUUGAAGUUGAUGAGUAUACACAAUCGGCUUUGACUAGGAUGUAUAUUAAUGCAGGGAUGCUUGGGCGAUCUUGGUCUUGGUUCAAGAGGUUUCAUCUUGACGGGAAGAUGAGUUCGGAAUGCUAUUCUGCCAAUAUCGAUGCGUUUGGGGAGUGUGGCCACUUAAUGGAAGCAGAGAAAGUGUUCCUUUGUUGCCAAGAGAAACGGAAAUUGACUGUGAUGGAGUUCAAUGUGAUGAUAAAGGCCUAUGGUAUAGCCAAGAUUUAUGAUAAGGCUUGUGAUUUGUUUGAUGAUAUGGAGAAUCAUGGUGUUUCUCCCGACAAAUGCACAUACAAUUCUCUCAUACAGAUAUUAUCCAGUGCUGAGCUGCCUCACCAAGCAAAGUUAUAUCUCGGGAAAAUGCAGGAGGCAGGCUUUGUAAACGACUGCAUCCCGUAUUGUGCAGUGAUGUCUAGCUUUGUCAAGCUUGGUCAAUUGACGAUUGCCGAAGUACUAUUCAAAGAGAUGCUUGGGUAUGCUGUGCGACCUGAUAUCAUCGUUUUCGGUAUCUUGAUAAAUGCAUUUGCGGAAGUUGGAAGUGUUAAAGAAGCUAUGAAUUACGUUGAGGCAAUGAAAAGCGCUGGCUUUUCUGGAAAUUCAGUUAUCUACAACUCCCUGAUCAAGCUAUACACCAAGGUGGGGUAUCUUCAAGAUGCCCAAGAAACAUACAAACUUCUUCAAUCAUCAGAUGAGGGUCCCGAUGUGUAUUCUUCCAAUUGCAUGAUUGAACUUUACAGCGAACGGGCAAUGGUUAGAUGGGCAGAAGAAAUUUUUGAAUAUUUGAAGCAAAGAGGGGAGGCAAAUGAGUUCUCUUUUGCGAUGAUGUUAUGCAUGUAUAAGAAAGUCGGGAGAUUUGGGGAAGCAGUCGCGGUCGCGCAUGAAAUGAAUGAACGGGGGCUCCUUACCGAUUUAUUGAGCUAUAAUAAUGUGAUUGGGUUAUAUGCAUUGGAUGGGAGGUUGAAGGAGGCUGCUGAAACUUUUCACAUGAUGAUCGAUUCGGGUAUCCAACCUGAUGAUUCAACAUUCAGAUCACUUGGGGUCAUUCUUGUGAAAUGUGGAGCACCGAAGGUGGCUGUUAAUCAGUUGGAACUAGCAAGGAGAAAAGAUGCUGCAAGUGGCAUUUCUGCAUGGAUCUCAACUCUGUGCUCACUGUUGGGGGUGGAUGAUGAUGCUUUGAAGUCAUGCAAUAAAACAAAAUGCCCUUUUGAAUUCGAUUCCAUUGUUGAAAAUGGAUCUAUGGAGCUCAGUCAAUGGUCUGACAUAUAAAAAUGCUGACAAGGGUUGGUUUUGUUACACUUCUGCCUAAGAGAAGAUUUUGUUUGUUCGCAUAUGAGAAAUGAUAUUUUGAAGCAUGUAUGUUGGUCAUAUUCUGCAUUGGUCUUUUGUACAAGUAGCUUUAUUAUAAGGACCAUAGCAGAGAGCUGUUUUGCCUAUUUUAAUACAUUUUAGUGUUGAUAAAGAUGUAUGUAUUUUGUGAA